CUUUAGGGUGGUAACACAUAUAUAUAUAGUUUUUUCCACUCAUAUAUUCUUUAAUAUACAUUAUUGUUUUAUAUCUCAAUUAAGAAAGUAUCAAAGAAAAAAAAUGAUUUUGAAGAUUCAAGACGAGAAACAAAGUUCAGAUUCAGUAGAAUCAUCAAUAUCACUCGAAGACACUUCCUCAAGUGAUACUUAUUCUUUCAAUAAGGAAAAUGGCUUUCAUUCAGAACGACCUAAGAAGGAGAUAAAACACUAUAUAGGUGUUAGAGCAAGGCCAUGGGGAAAAUUUGCGGCUGAAAUUAGGGAUUCAACUCGGAAUGGAAUUAGGGUUUGGCUUGGAACAUUCAAUAGUGCUGAAGAAGCCGCGUUAGCUUAUGAUCAAGUUGCAUUUUUAAUGAGAGGUCCAACAACUUGUCUAAAUUUUCCAGUUGAAAGAGUUAGCAAGAUGUUGGAAGAAACAGAAAUUUGCAAUUUCUUCAAGAAUGGAUUGUCACCAGCAGCAGCCUUAAAAGAGAAACACAAAAGGAGAAGUAGUAGUAAUAUUUCAAGAAAAAAGAAACAAAAGGUAAAUCAUGAAGAAGAAAUUAACAAUAACAAUAAUAAUAAUAAUAAUAAUGUUGAUAAUAAUAAUAAUAAUAAUAAUAAUAAUAAUAAUAAUAAUAAUAAUGUUUUUACAUUUGAAGAUUUGGGAAGUGAACUAUUGGAUGAACUCUUGUCUGAGUAUUCUAAUUCAAAUUAGAAUACUCAAUUUCCAUAUCUAGUUAAAUUUGUCCAUUUAGUUUUUUCAAUGUUAUAUUCCUUCUUGUUCAUUUUAAUUUUUUUCAAUUUAGUGUAUAUGUUU